GGAAGCAACACAUUGCAGCGUUUUUGCAUCAGUGGAGAAGCCGUGACAGUAUGAUUGUUGAAUGCGUUUCACGGUGUAGUUAGCCUGUGGUAUAAUCAUAACAUUUAAUAUAUUUCUCGUCGUAAAUUAUUUUUCCUCAUAACAGUACCUCUUAAGAGCUCCAACCAUGGUGAAGGAGCAGUUUAGAGAAACAGAUGUGGCUAAAAAGAUAAGCCACAUCUGUUUUGGCAUGAAAUCUGCCGAGCAGAUGCGGCAGCAAGCUCACAUCCAGGUGGUGAGUAAGAACCUGUACAGCCAGGACACCAGCCAUACGCCGCUGCCCUACGGAGUGCUGGAUCAUCGCAUGGGCACAAGUGAGAAAGAUCGGCCGUGUGAAACCUGUGGGAAGAAUCUGGCAGACUGCCUGGGGCACUAUGGGUACCUGGACCUGGAGAUGCCCUGUUUCCACGUGGGGUACUUUAAGGCCAUUAUUGGUAUCCUGCAGAUGAUCUGCAAAACCUGUUCCCAUGUCAUGCUCACCAAAGAGGAGAAACAGCAGUUCCUGGACGUUUUGAAGAGGCCCAAUCUGGCCUACUUGCAGAAACGGGGCCUGAAAAAGAAGAUUUCAGAAAAAUGCCGCAAAAAGACAGUCUGUUUGAACUGCAGUUCCUUCAAUGGUCCGGUGAAAAAAUGUGGAUUACUGAAGAUCAUCCAUGAAAAAUACAAGACAAACAAGAAAGUAGUGGAUGCCGCUGUGUUAGAGUUCCAGCAGUCCUUUGAUAUCGCCAUAGAACACAAUAAAGAAGUGGAAUCCUUACUGACGCGGGCCCAGGAGAACCUGAGCCCCCUGGUGGUGCUGAACCUGUUUCGGCGGAUCCCCUCGGAGGACGUCCCGCUGCUGCUGAUGAACCCCGAGGCGGGAAAGCCGGCCGAUCUGAUCCUGACGCGGCUGCUGGUGCCCCCCCUCUGCAUCCGGCCCUCCGUCGUCAGCGACCUCAAGUCCGGCACCAACGAGGACGACCUCACCAUGAAGCUCACCGAGAUCAUCUUCCUCAACGACGUCAUCAAAAAGCACCGCGUUUCGGGGGCCAAGACGCAGAUGAUCAUGGAGGACUGGGACUUCCUGCAGCUGCAGUGUGCGCUCUACAUCAACAGCGAGCUCUCGGGCAUCCCGCUCAACAUGGCGCCCAAGAAGUGGACCCGCGGCUUCGUGCAGCGGCUCAAAGGGAAACAAGGGCGUUUCCGUGGAAACCUGUCGGGAAAGCGAGUGGAUUUCUCCGGCCGGACGGUGAUCUCGCCGGACCCCAACCUGCGGAUUGACGAGGUCGCCGUGCCGGUGCACGUGGCGAAAAUCCUGACCUACCCCGAGAAGGUGAACAAGGCCAACAUAGAGCUGAUGAGGAAGCUGGUGCGGAAUGGGCCGGACAUGCACCCGGGGGCCAACUUCAUCCAGCAGCGCCACAUGCAGAUGAAGAGGUUUCUGAAGUAUGGAAACCGGGAGAAGAUGGCUCAGGAGCUGAAGUACGGGGACGUGGUGGAGAGGCACAUGAUCGAUGGCGACAUCGUGCUGUUCAACCGGCAGCCGUCUCUGCACAAGCUGAGCAUCAUGGCCCACAUCGCCCGAGUGAAGCCGCACAGAACAUUCCGGUUCAACGAGUGCGUGUGCACGCCCUACAACGCCGACUUCGACGGCGACGAGAUGAACCUUCACCUCCCGCAGACCGAGGAGGCCAAGGCAGAGGCCCUGGUCCUGAUGGGGACUAAAGCAAACUUAGUCACCCCCAGGAACGGAGAGCCUCUGAUUGCCGCCAUUCAGGACUUCCUGACAGGGGCCUACCUGCUGACUCUGAAAGAUACUUUCUUUGACCGAGCCAAAGCCUGCCAGAUUAUUGCCUCUAUUCUUGUUGGGAAAGAUGAAAAGAUCAAAAUUGCUCUCCCUCCCCCUGCAAUCUUGAAGCCCAUGACUCUGUGGACGGGGAAGCAGGUCUUCAGCCUGAUUCUGAAGCCGAGCAGAGACUGUCCAGUCAGAGCCAACCUGCGCACCAAAGGCAAGCAGUACUGCGGCAGGGGAGAGGACCUCUGCCACAACGACUCCUUCGUGGUGAUUCAGAACAGCGAGCUGAUGUGUGGCAGCUUGGAUAAAGGAACGCUGGGGUCGGGCUCCAAAAACAACAUCUUCUACAUCCUGCUGCGGGACUGGGGCCAGAACGAGGCGGCCAACGCCAUGUCCCGCCUGGCACGGCUCGCCCCCGUGUACCUGUCGAACCGCGGCUUCUCGAUUGGGAUCGGGGACGUGACCCCGGGCCAGGGCCUGCUGAAGGCCAAGCAGGACCUGCUGGACGCUGGGUACAGGAAGUGUGACGAGUACAUCGAGGCGCUCAACACCGGCAAGCUGCAGCAGCAGCCAGGCUGCACCGCCGAGGAGACCCUGGAGGCUCUUAUCCUGAAGGAGCUGUCCGUCAUCCGAGACCACGCGGGCAGCGCCUGCCUGACGGAGCUGGACAAGAGCAACAGCCCCCUGAUCAUGGCUCUGUGCGGGUCCAAAGGCUCCUUCAUUAACAUCUCGCAGAUGAUCGCGUGCGUGGGCCAGCAGGCCAUCAGCGGGUCCCGGGUGCCGGACGGCUUCGAGAACCGCUCGCUGCCGCACUUCGAGAAGCACUCCAAACUGCCUGCAGCCAAGGGCUUUGUGGCAGACAGUUUCUACUCUGGCCUGACGCCCACAGAGUUCUUCUUCCACACCAUGGCGGGCCGAGAGGGCUUGGUGGACACUGCGGUCAAAACUGCAGAAACGGGGUACAUGCAGAGGCGUCUGGUGAAGUCCCUGGAGGACCUGUGUUCGCAGUACGACCUCACUGUGCGAAGCUCCACCGGUGACAUCAUCCAGUUCAUCUACGGCGGCGACGGCCUGGACCCGGCAGACAUGGAGGGCAAGGACGAGCCGCUGGAGUUCAAGCGCGUGCUGGAUAACAUCCGGGCUGUGUACACGUGCGCUGACCAGCCCGCUCUGAGCAGGAACGAGCUGGUGCUGACCGCAGAGUCCAUUAUGAAGAGGAGCGACUUCCUGUGCUGCAGGGACAGCUUCCUGGAGGAAAUCAGGAAAUUCAUCAAGAAUGUUUCAGAAAAGAUCAAGAAGACCAGGGACAAAUAUGGCAUCAAUGACAACGGCACCACGGAGCCAAAAGUCCUGUACCAGCUGGACCGGAUCACCCCCACUCAGCUGGAGAAGUUCCUGGAGACAUGCAGGGACAAGUACAUGAGGGCUCAGAUGGAGCCCGGGUCGGCCGUGGGGGCUCUUUGUGCCCAGAGUAUCGGGGAGCCCGGCACGCAGAUGACCCUCAAAACCUUCCACUUCGCCGGAGUGGCCUCCAUGAACAUCACCCUGGGGGUCCCCCGAAUCAAGGAGAUCAUCAACGCCUCCAAAAAUAUCAGCACCCCAAUAAUCAGCGCUCACCUGGACGUGGAGGAUGAUGCGGACUUCGGCCGUCUGGUGAAGGGGAGGAUUGAGAAGACCCUGCUGGGAGAGAUUUCAGAGUACAUUGAGGAAGUGUUCCUCCCUGAUGACUGUUUCAUCCUGGUCAAGCUGUCAUUGGAAAGGAUCCGCCUCCUUCGAUUGGAGGUGAACGCUGAGACCGUGCGCUACUCCAUCUGCAUGUCCAAACUGCGGGUGAAGCCCGGAGACAUCGCCGUGCACGGGGAGGCGGUGGUGUGCGUCUCCCCGCGGGAGAACAGCAAGAGCUCCAUGUACUACGUCCUGCAGUCGCUCAAAGAAGAGCUCCCCAAGAUUGUGGUGCAGGGAAUCCCGGAGGUGUCCCGAGCUGUCAUUCACAUCGACGAGCAGAGCGGGAAGCAGAAGUACAAGCUUUUAGUGGAAGGUGACAACCUGCGCGCUGUCAUGGCAACGCAUGGUGUCAACGGCAGCAGGACAUCCUCCAACAACACGUAUGAGGUGGAGAAGACCCUCGGCAUCGAAGCAGCCAGGACGACCAUUAUCAACGAGAUCCAGUACACAAUGGUGAACCACGGAAUGAGCAUCGAUCGGCGCCAUGUCAUGCUGCUGGCCGAUCUCAUGUCCUACAAGGGUGAAAUUCUAGGAAUCACCAGAUUCGGUCUGGCCAAAAUGAAGGAGAGUGUGCUGAUGCUGGCGUCCUUCGAAAAGACGGCUGAUCAUCUCUUUGACGCUGCCUACUUCGGACAGAAGGACUCCGUGUGCGGUGUAUCUGAAUGUAUCAUCAUGGGAAUUCCAAUGAACAUUGGAACAGGACUUUUUAAGCUGUUACACAAGGCAGACAAGGACCCAGCACCACCCAGAAGACCCCUGCUCUUUGAUAACAGUGAAUUCCACAUUUCACUAAUCACGUAGCGCUACCGUCUGCUUAAUCUGGUCCAGCCUGGUCUGUGGAGCUCGGCUCAAAGUCUGCUCAUGACUGUGAAAAUGAUUGCCUGAAGGAAUGCAGAUUUAAAUACUCUAUAAGCAAAGUGCUUUGCUGAAGUAGAUCUUUCUCGUCAGUGUUGGGGAUGGUCCAGAGAAUCAGCUUAGUGCGCCUGCAAGAGAAAAUGGGUCUUCUCCGUUUUUUGCAUGAAAUAAUGGUUUGCUCUCGUUUUCAAACAUGGAAGCACUACAUGAAGGUUGUCAGCUCUCAAAAAGUAUAGACUGAAUAUUUCUACAUAAGGAUUAGCGGAAAAAACAGAGUUUAUUUAGUUUAGAUAUAAUCUAAAACCUCUUUUCAAAUAAUAAUUGAGGCAACAUUUUGAAGGGAGUAGCUAAUUUGAAUAUGGUGCCUCUAGUUUUUUUUUUUUUGUUGUUGCCUGAAAUAAACAUUUUGAUAAUCAGAUUAUUUCCAUAGUGAGUUAUGGUUGCCUUCUCAGCUGGUUUUCAGAGCUAGAAUGGUCUUGUGUGUUACACUGUAGUAUUGGGGAAAUGGACCGGAACACCUGAUGUUCCCAAAUUCCGUCAAUAAGAUUUUAAAAAUAUGAAUAAUUUAAUUUCAUAAGGUCAAAGCUAAUUCAUGUGUGACUUCAGUUCUCUAAAGCGUGCGCUGAAGGUGUUUCUGUGCGGUCUCAGUAUUCCAGCUGUUUGAAUCAUGGUGGGGUGAGCAUUCAGUCUGCUGCUUCUUUCCUGGGGUGUCAUUCGGAGUGCUUAAUGCAUCUAUUACCUCCGUCUGCAAAUGAACAGGCAUCCGGUUGUGUUUCACAUCGAAAAUUGUAAAUGGGUUGUUUAUAUUUCUGUCAUUCUCACACAGCCAUAUUCAGUGGAACUGGGCUUUUUUUUGCGAGACAUUUAGUUAUGUUAUAAUACAACAAGUUUGAAAGGCAAUGAGUUGAAGUUAUGAAAGUAUUUCUCAAAGUUGAAACUUUGAGAUUGCUGUCAAAAGGUUAUGACUACAUUUCAAAGGUAUCAGUUGUGAAUAAAAUAUAAAUGAAUAAAACGGAAGUAUGGCACUUGAUUCAACAUGUA